AUGAAUACAUUAAUCAGAAUUAUAAACGGUAAUUUACAAGUACUUAAUAGUCGUAUUCAUGCUGCCAGAGUUGCUUAUGAACAACGUGACAUUGAAUCAUCAAGAAUGGCUCAUAUUGGGGAUCUGCAUCAAGAAAACCAUAUACAUAGCCAUAGUGAACUGUUAAAGAUUGUAGUAUUUGGAGGUUUGGAUGGUAUAGUCACGAUAUUUGCACUGGUAUCUGGAUGCGUUGCUGUACACUUUAAAUUAAAACAAAUAUUCACUAUAUGUAUGGGGAGUUUAUUGGCUGAUGCUUUUGCAAUGUCUAUGGGGGAAUAUGUAAGUUCCUCAGCAGAACAUGAAUUCAUUAAUGCAGAAAAGCAAAGAGAAGAAUGGGAAAUUGAGCAUUGUCCCGAAGAAGAAAUAAGUGAGAUGGUCGAAAUUUAUAGAAAUAAACAUGGAUUCUCAUUGCAGGAUGCAAAUGACAUGGCAAGGCUUGCUUUUAAAUAUAAAAACUUUUUUAUAUCACAUAUGAUGAUGGAGGAGUUGGGUCUCUUAUGUGAAGUGAAUGAAUCACCCAGACUACAACCUAUAAAAGGAGCUCUUACUAUGUUUCUUAGCUUCAGUUUAUUUGGAUCUAUUCCUCUUCUGUCAUUUGCUUUUUUCGAGUUAUUCUGUAAUCGUUAUUCUCUUUAUGAAUUAUAUUCAAUUAAACCAUCAUAUAUUUUUGUCUGCUUAUGUUGUGUAGCUACAUUGUCCAUACUAGGCAUGAUAAAGGGAAAGUUUUGUAGUAUACCUCCUUAUAAAGCAGCUUUUACAAUGGUUUUAAGUGGACUAAUUUCUGCUUCUAUGUCAUACUUCGUUGCAUCAUUUAUAUCUUAUAUAUCUGAAUCUAAUAUAAUAACUGCAAAUUUAGGUUUCUAA